GCUUCUAGGACCCUGCAGUCACUCCAACUCCAAGUUGCUGGCCGGUUGUGUGGCUCUAGGACACCGAUGCGCCAGGAAUCUACCCAAACUUCAGAGAUGUUGCUGUUUGUGAUCAGCUUUGCCACUCUAGUGUGCACCGCCGCUGCACGGCCUUCACUCAACUACCUGGAGAAUCAUUUCACCGCCGACAACGAGUCAGGAGAAGUCCGCUCAGCUGCCAUCAAGAGACUUUUGGAAGUUUUUGGGAUGGAGGACCCCCCUGCCAUCCACGGACACAAGCAAGCACCCCAGUACAUGCUUGAUCUGUACAACACGGUUGCUGAUGUGGACGGUGUGACCAAGGACCCGUAUCUUCUGGAGGGGAAUACUGUGCGCAGCUUCUUUGACAAAUUGCGCAGUGAACAGGUGGAGUACAGGUUCAAUUUGUCCAUGGUGGCCAGAACUGAGAAGAUUCUCACUGCAGAGCUCCAUCUUUUCAAGCUGCGACCUCAGGCAACACUGACAUUCCACAGACAUCAUUUCUGCCAGGUUAGUGUCUAUCAGCUGCUUGACACCAGCAGAAACAACAACACACAAGAGAGGAAGCUGCUGUCUUCUCGACUCAUCCCAGUCCACUCUACUGGUUGGGAGGUGUUCACCAUUACACAAGCAGUCCGCUCCUGGAUGAUAGAUGAAGGCAGUAACCUGGGGCUCCAUGUGGUGGUUCGGACCCUGGGGGGAAGCCAGAUGGAUAUGAAAAUGAUCCGCUUUGCUUCAGGACGCAACCACCACCAGAGCAAACAGCCCAUGUUGGUCCUCUUUACUGACGAUGGUCGCCGCUCUACCAAUGUUGAAAACACAGACCCAAAUGACACCGGUGCCACUUCCAGCCUGCCCCAGGCCCCCAUGUCAGAUACACCCUCCCGCAGCGCCCGAUCUCUGGACUACAGCGAGGAGGAAGGUGUGUCUUCACCCUGCCAGCGCCAGCCUCUCUACGUCGACUUCGAGGAGAUCGGCUGGUCGGGCUGGAUCGUGUCUCCCCGGGGCUACAAUGCUUACCACUGUAAAGGCUCCUGCCCUUUCCCUCUGGGUCAGAACAUGAGGCCGACCAACCACGCCACCGUCCAGUCAAUCAUCAACGCCCUAAAGCUGAUCAAAGGCAUUGAAAAACCGUGCUGCGUGCCUGACAAGCUCUUCUCCAUUAACUUACUUUACUUCGAUGAUGAUGAGAAUGUGGUGCUGAAACAGUAUAAUGACAUGGUGGCUGGAAGCUGUGGCUGCCACUAACAUCCACUAGUCGCUGGUGAUGGACUGCACGGAUAUUCAUAAAAAAUAUAAUGCAAAUGAGGGUUUUAGUACAUAGAUAGCCAG